UAUAUAUAUAUAUAUACACACACACACACACACACACACACACGUGUGUGUGUGUGUGUAUAUUGUUGCAUCUGGGGGCCUAUUCUGAAACUUCUUAACGCAUGCGUUACAAAGGUUUUAACGCAUGCUUUACUAUUUCAUAUUCUGUAAAUCUUAACGCAUGGUGUGUUAAUGAUGUGUUAAGAAAGUGUUAAACUUGCGUUAUACUCAAUCUCACUAGAAUAUUGUAUUCUGUAACUCACUUUAACGCAAUUCGUAACGUAUUUCCUUGCGUUAUGUAAAGUAAUCCUAACGCUGGCUGCUAGACAGCGUUAAAUAUCAUAACGCGAUCAUUACAAGCUAAAGUUAGUGCUCUAGUUUACACCGAGAGGACUAAACGCGGACUGAACUAUACUGUAACCAAUUGCAGUUGAUUAUUCUUGUAAAAAUCAACUGUGAUUGGUCACAGUAUAUUUCAGUCCGCGUUUAAUCCUCUCGGUGUAAAUUAGAGCAAUAUUAAAAAAUCGUCUUCAAUCGAUUUAUAAUAAAAUGGCUGGUGCAAUAGUUAUAAAUUUGUUAAAUAAUAUGGAAGAAGAAGCAAAGGAGGAAAAUAGUAGAUUAAUGAAAGAGUUAAGAGAUAAUAUUAAUCCAUUCGACUUAACCAAUGAACAGUUUAUAAAAGUGUUUUGCCUAUCAAAGGAAGCAGUUAUUUAUAUAUGUGAUUCACUUCAGUGUAUUUUACAACGUAAAGGAAGAAAAGGAUUAAGUAUAGAAACACAGGUACUAGCUGCACUGCGUUUCUUUGCUAUAGGCUCCUAUCAAAAAGGUAAUGAUUACCUGAUAUCUGUAUCACAACCAGGUACUAGCAGAGCAAUAAAAGCAGUAGCGAUGGGUAUUACACAAUUGCUUGCCAAUGAGUGGAUCAAAUUCCCAAAUACAAAUGAAAAACGAGCAGCUUUAAAAGAAAGAUUUCAAAAGGAAAGAAAUUUUAAAGGAGUAAUAGGCUGCAUAGAUUGCACUCAUGUUGCUAUUGUAAGACCAACACAUCACGAGGAAUCAUAUUUAAACCAUAAAGGUUUUCAUUCCAUUAAUGUUCAGGCAAUAGCAUCACACGAUUUGGAAAUCUUAAACAUCAAUGCCAGAUUUCCUGGAAGUGUCCACGAUAACUUUAUAUGGAGAUAUUCUGCCGUAAGUGAUUUUAUGCAACAAUUUUAUGAUUCCGGAGAUCGAUCAACAUGGCUUUUGGGCGAUGCAGGUUACGGUUUGGAACCUUGGCUGAUGACACCUAUCACAGAUGCAGCAGCAGAAAGCGCAGAAGCAAGAUAUACGCAGUGUCACACAUCUACAAGAAAUUGUAUCGAAAGAUCUUUUGGACUUUUAAAAAAUGUGUGGAGAUGUCUUCUUAGUCAUCGUGUGCUACAUUACGCACCCAUCAUGGCGUCAAAUAUAAUUAUAGCUUGUGCAGUAUUACACAAUAUAAGACUCAGUUAUAAUCUUAUUGAUAAAGAAUAUGAUAUUAACGAAGAGAGUGAAGCUGCAGCCGUGCAAAGAGCUGCACUUCAACAGAAUAUUGAAGCACAUAAUCGCGUUAGAGCGUUAGAAAUUGCUGGUGCAGAUGAAGGGAAGCGGUGCACUUGGACACGGUGCAUUUGGACACAGCCAAUCACAGCACCGUGUGAUUAAAGACAUUUGUAGGAUCCCUUGGAACAGCGACUUGUGAUUGGACCGUGUCCAAUUGCCCCGUGUCCAACUGAUAUACACCCCAGAUGAAGAACAAUUAAAUAUCGGAAACAGAUUAGUAGAAGCGAGAAGAGUACAAAGGACAAUUCUUCGAACUCAGUUUGGUUUACGAAAUUAAACAUGAUAAAAUGAUAAGUAAUGAAAGAUAAUUGUCAUUUUU